AGGCGCCACUACUACUGUCCCCAACCCGCCCCGCCAGCCCGGGCAAAGGGCAGCGUGACUCACGGCGCUCAGCCCACGGCUUGCCCGCGGCGUAUAAAGGCUGCCCGGCAGGAGGCGGCGAGCCCUGCCCUGCCCGAGGCGCGCAGAGCAUGGCCAGGGGCGCGGAGCGAGGCCGCGGGGGCGCCGGCUGGGGGCUGCGGGGAGCGCUGGCGGCGGUGGCGCUGCUGGCGGCGCUCAAUGCUGCGGGCACGGUGUUUGCGCUGUGCCAGUGGCGCGGGCUGAGCGCGGCGGUGCGGGCGCUGGAGGCUCAGCGCGGCCAGGAGCAGCGUGAGGACAGCGCCCUGCGCUCCUUCCUGGCUGAGUUGAGUUGCGCUCCGCGCCGGGCGCCCGCGCCACCCCCGGAUCCCGCCGGCGCCGCGCGCAACAAGCGCAGCCACGGCGGGGAGCCCGCGCCACACAUCCGCGCCGAGAGCCACGACAUGCUGAUGAUGAUGACCUACUCCAUGGUGCCGAUCCGAGUGAUGGUGGACCUCUGCAACAGCACCAAGGGCAUCUGCCUGACAGGACCACCUGGCCCACCAGGACCUCCUGGAAUUGGUGGGUUACCAGGACACAAUGGAUCAGAUGGACAGCCUGGUCCCCAGGGCCCAAAAGGAGAAAAAGGAGCAACUGGAAAAAGAGGAAAAAUGGGGCUGCCUGGAGCCACAGGAACUCCAGGGGAGAAGGGAGACCCUGGUGAGCUGGGCUUGACUGGAAAUGAGGGCCCAGCAGGGCCAAAGGGUGACAAAGGAGACAAAGGGGACGUGUCCAAUGAUGUGGUCCCCACAGGUGCCAAAGGUGACCAAGGUCCGCCUGGCCCCGCCGGACCCCCGGGCCCUCCAGGUCCUCCAGGACCGCCCGGAAGCAGAAGACCUAAAGGCCCUCGGCAGCCAAACAUGCUCAAUGGCCAGUGUGCAGGUGAGACAUGCGCUACACCGAAUGAUGGCACCUUGGUUGGAAAAGCUGAUGAGAAGGUCGGGGAUCACCAUUCUCCACCAGCAGAAUCCAUGAUCGCUUCCAUCGGAAGUCCGACACAAGUCCUGAAAGUUAAAGAGACAUUUGGAACGUGGAUAAGAGAGUCUGCGAACAAGAGUGAUGAGCGGAUCUGGGUGACUGAACACUUCUCAGGCAUCAGGGUGAAGGAGUUCAAAGACCAGCCCUCACUGCUGAAUGGCAGUUACACACUCGUGCACCUGCCGUAUUAUUUCCAUGGCUGCGGGCACGCCGUUCACAACAACUCGCUCUACUACCACAAAGGAGGCUCCGACACCAUAGUGAGAUUUGAUUUUGGCCAAGAAACAUCCCAAACUCUGAAGCUUGAAAAUGCCCUGUAUUUUGAUCGAAAAUACCUCUUUGCAAAUUCCAAGACUUACUUCAAUUUAGCUGUGGAUGAAAAGGGGCUUUGGAUUAUCUAUGCUUCAAGUGUGGAUGGCUCGAGCAUUCUUGUCGCCCAGUUGGAUGAGAGGACAUUCUCUGUGGGACAACGCAUCAAUACCACGUACCCCAAAGCCAAGGCCGGCAACGCCUUCAUUGCGCGAGGGAUCCUUUAUGUGACAGACACCAAAGAUAUGAGGAUAACAUUUGCUUUUGAUUUGUUAGGAGGGAAACAGAUCAAUGCUAACUUUGAUUUAAGAACUUCCCAGUCUGUCCUUGCCAUGUUAUCAUACAAUAUGAGAGACCAGCAUUUAUAUUCGUGGGAAGACGGCCAUUUAAUGCUUUACCCUGUGCAGUUUUUGUCACCUACAUUAAACCAGUGAGGAGAGGCACCUGUUCCCCUCAGUAACUUCCAGAUGUUCUCUGGAUCAUUUACAUCCCAACAUACAACUCGUCUUUAGGGUAACCAGGUACUUAGCUGUCAUAAUCUCAUGAUAUGAGUGUUGAUAUGGUCAGGGAACCCCCUUGAAGUUCAGAUUCCUGAGGAGAAAAUAGCAAAGACAAAGUCAAAAUGGCUAAGAUUUGGUGGUUUCUCCACAGACUAGCUGGGCGAGUUACCCCCUCCCUCUUUGGGCCUUGUUUUCCUGACCGGUAACAUGAGAGGGCUGGCGAAGAUGAUGGGCAAGAAUUCCUCCACCUGUGGGAAACUCUGGUUCUUGGCUGUUGCUGCUUUCACAACUGCCAUCCAUCUGGUUUUGGUUUUGGGGUAUUUGGCCACGUGUUGAGCAAAUGUACCUCCGAGUUUCUAAGCCCAAUUACUUGAGCAGUGAAUUCCUGAGCACUGACUUGUUUUCAGUGCCUUGGGAAGCCUCAUGGACCCUUUCAGGCUGCGGAGGGACCAGAUUGCCCAUGAUUUAUUACCUUUCUCUGCCUCCACACCUGCCACCCCAGCACCAGAAUGACCAUUAUCCUCAGCUCCUGAUUGCUGCUCCAGGAUUAGCAAAAGCCAGGCCCAGCCACAUGCUUGGGUUUGCUAAUGAAAGAGAAACAGGCCCUUCCAGGCUCCCAUCCAUCUCUGAUCAUGCUGAUUUGCAGCUGUGGAUAAAUGCUGACUCCUCAGGUCACCCUGGAGGCUUCUUCCCCAGCUACGCCUCUGCGCUCAGAGAGCUAAAUAUUGUGUAAGUAGGCAUGAACCCGGCUAGAGCCAUGGGAAGCCCUUGGCAGUUUUCGGGAGAGGCACCGUAUGUGGCUAUUACCUAGAGCGGGGACGGACAGACUAUGGCCAUGAGGCCAAGCAGGCUCACUGCUGGUUUCUGUAAGUUGUAUUGGGACACAGUUACACCCAUUUGCUCACGUAUCCUAGUUUCUGACUACUUUUGCUGUACAAUAACAGAACUGAGUCGUUGCAAAAGAGUCGAGUAGGGGCCCGCAAAGCCCCUAAAACCCUUACCCUCUAGCCCUUUACAGCCAAAGUUUGCCGACCCCUGAGCUAGGAUAUAAAGUGAGCCUGACUGUCGGAAGGCUUAUUCACCAGGGGCAGUUUAUUUUGUUUUGCUUUGUUCCACACUAAGAAGGAACGAUUUAUAUGGUUUGAGUGUUUGGUCGAGGGGAAGGGUGAGAACAGCAUAAAAUGAAGUGGCCCUCCCCAAAACAGUUCAUAAACUGUUCUUUCCCUAAUAUAGCUUUAUAGGAUGUGAUGGGGUCCCCUUGGACGCCAGGAGAAAAAUCUAGCUUAACUUGCACCUGAAUGCCCUUAAGUAUAUAUUUUCUGCCAAAUCUGUUCUUUAGACAUUCUGCAGCCUGGGGUCCAGGCAGGGCUGCUAAGAGGAGAGCAGAAUCUGGAAAAUUACUGGGGUCUUACAGCCAGAAAGGGGACCUAGGGAUUUUUCAUCAAUUUGCCUUCACUGAAUUCAUGUGUGUGUGGGAGGAGAGCGAUGCGCUCGGGCAUUUUUUCCCCGUGAGUUCUAAUUCAUACUCGGUGACCCUGAGUUCUGGCUUUAUACCUUAUUAAUAGAAGCAUUUUAAAACUUAGGGGCCAUACAGAUUUGAAUAUUUAAAUUCCUCUAACCCCUAAAAACACUUAGGCAGCUACUGGGGACUGUUGUAGUUGUAUUCUCAAAAUAGCCAAUAUUUGAAACUUUUUCUCCACUUUUCUGUCAGACUGAUUGUAGUCAUGUCAGCAUAGCUUUGAAAAAAAAUACUUUUCAGAUUCAUGUUUAAGAUCAAUAUAUCUAAUGAAUACUAGUCCCCUUUUAAAGUAUUUAAAUAUAUGUGUUGCUGUUUCUGGACACAGGGGACCUGGAUAUGAAUAUAGUUUCAUAGUAAUAGUAUAUCAGUAAUAGUAAUAUAUACAAUACUAAUUGUAUAUAUGGUAGCAACCAAAAAAGGUUAUUGACUUAGUAGUACUCCUUUUAGAAGAAAUUUUUUAGAAACCUCCAUCUUGAUAUCUGAGCUAUCCUGGCUCCCUUAAUUGUGGGGAUGGAAUCAUAUACUUCUAGAAAAACUCAUUCUGGGAUUUUAUUUUUCCCAUGGCAGAGUACUACCAGGACAACGGAGUCUGACUGAGGUAUAAUGUGUAAUGUUAUAAUAUGGUUGAAAGUUUGUCUUCAUGGAGGAGAGAUUUUUUUAAGAUUUGAAAAACUUCAAGAAUUAAGAUUUUACUCAAUCUUGCCUGCAAGCACUACUCUAGUUAAAAAAAAAAGUUUGGGCUCACUGAUAAAAUAGAAUAUACAACCUAAUGUUUCAAAGCCAAGAUAUCAUUUUAGAAGUUUACACUGUCAUUUAUAAUCAAAGUUGUUUUAGAGCACUUUCCAAAUAUCUGCACUUCUGAUGUCAGAAUCAAAGCAGAGAAUGCUCUAAUUCUUCUUUAAUCUAAAGUAGAUAGCUUUCCCCUGGAAAGGAAAUAACCCCGUCCUCCCAACCUCAACUGUAGGCCGGACCCUAUUUCAAAGCAUUUUCCUCUCAAACUGAUAACGUGCCCUGUUGAAGCCGUGCAGUUAGGGUCUCAGUGUAUCGCUAAGCACAGGUGUUAGGACAGAGAAACAGAUCUGGGGUGAAAGUUUUAAAAAGAGGUGUUCUGGUCUUUGCUCCCCACCCCCCGCCUCCGCCGCCACCAUAGUCCUAUUACCUUCAAGGUUGUAAAGUGAAGGGUCAAAUGAGACCCUACGAUGCUUAAAGAGCCAGGAGUCCUUUCCCAAGUGCAAGAGGACAUGUGGGCUGUGACUCUUUGAUGUCAAACCAUCUGGGGAAGUAUGUGAUGGGGCUUUUCAGUUUUCAGCCCGCUGCUGUGACCGGUGGAGGAUGCUAUUAAAAACCAUGACUUCCAGGCUGUGACCACAGAUCUGAACCGUUCUGAGCAAUGGGUGAAUCAUGGUGAAUGGAUCUUUUUUGGUUGUCAUUUAUUUCACGUUAUUCAGUAAAAUAAUCACUGCUGAAUACAAUCAGGUGUUGAAACAAGUGUAUUCUUUUUUUUCUCUCCUGUUAAUUCACAUGUUACAUUUAAAAGGAAAAAGUAACCACCAAAAACAAUACUGUGGAAGAAUGACAUUGGUUGCUCCUCUGUUGAAACUCCUGCAAUUUGCUAACUCCUUCUGAAAACUGAAAAGUCAUUGCUAUGGACUGUGUGUUCUUUAUAGGAAAACAUGAAAACUGUAAAACUAUAAAGUGAAACUAGUCACUAGCUCCAGAAACAGAUACAUGCAAUGAAGAUCUGCUAACUUAUCGGCACAGGCAAAGCAACUUGAAAAGAGCAUCACCUUUUGGCCUAAAAAUAAAAAAGGACAGAUUUUUAAAAAACUGACUGUGUGGAUUGGGGCAGGUAUCUUCAUCCCUCAGCGCCUCCGUUUCAUCUGUAAAAUGUCUAACAGUAUUCUUACUUCCUUGCAUUUUUCUAUGUGAAAUGAGAAAUGCUAUGAAAAUCGUACAAUUCCAGAGAAAUGAUUGUUGUUACUUUUAUACUUCAUAUCUGCGGAGAAUCAGAGUGACCCUGCUGUUCUCACAGCCUGAUUCAGGGGCUGCAGAGAGGGGUCAGGACCACGGCCAGCAUCAUGGUUUCUGUCCGCUGGCCUGUUCGAUUAGGUAGUUGACACUUCAUACCAGCACUAAGCAAAAAAGGGUUCUUAGUUCUAAAAUAAAUUUAUAAUAAAACUGGCCCAAAUAAUGAAAAAUACUGUUUGAAAACCUGUUGGUGUGACCUGUAGAGCUCCUUUCUAAACUCUCCUGAAGGGUCUGUGCUAUU